AUGGACACAGACAGGAGCCAUGGCAGCAGUUUCAUGGAUAGAUUGAUUACUUUGUGGGACUCUCUGCAACAAUCACGACAUACUUCUGCCUCACAACAACGCCCCACACAACGAAUUACCCAACCAGCACAUAACACACCGCGAACGUCAAGAAACUUUGGCUAUAAUGCUAACCAUGAUCGAGCCCUGGAAGAAAUCAAACGAUAUGAAGAUUUUACGACAAUAGAUUGGGUACAGGAUUCAAUACAAGAGCGAUCGAGGCUGAACGCUCUUCGACGCGUGGCCUUGGAAAAUAAAUCUUCAUGGAGUACAUGGCUAUGGUUAUCGUACGAGGCAGGGCAAACAUGGAUUGUCGUGUCGAUCGUAGGCGCAGUCAUUGGUCUCAAUGCUGCAUUGAUCGAUAUUAUAACAGAAUGGUUAUCCGAUAUCAAACUAGGCUAUUGUAAAAAUUCGUGGUGGCUGAACCAGAAGUUUUGUUGCUGGGAAAUAGAACGAGAAGAUGGGUCUUGUGACGAAUGGCAGAAUUGGUCGCAACAUUUUAUUAUCAACUGGUUAUUCUAUAUAAUGUUUGCUACACUCUUUGCGGCAGUCUGUGCCUAUAUCAUUCGAUCAUUUGCUCCGUAUGCCGCAGGGUCAGGUAUAUCCGAGAUAAAAUGCAUUCUUGCUGGAUUUGUUAUGAAAGGAUUUCUUGGUGCUUGGACUUUAUUACUGAAAAGUAUUGGACUGCCCUUGGCCAUCGCGUCUGGCUUAAGUAUUGGGAAAGAGGGUCCAUCCGUUCAUACAGCCGUUUGUAUUGGAAAUGUCAUAUCGAGAAUGUUUGGAAAAUUUAAACGAAAUAAAGCUAAAAUGCGGGAGAUACUUUCGGCUUCGUGCGCAGCUGGUGUCGCGGUUGCUUUUGGAUCCCCAAUUGGAGGCGUUCUGUUUUCGUUCGAGGAAAUGAGCUCUAAUUUUCCAAUGAAGACUAUGUGGAGAAGUUUCUUUUGUGCAUUGGUUGCAACCGUUGUUUUACAGGCAAUGAACCCAUUUCGUACUGGCAAACUCGUAAUGUUCCAAGUAACUUAUGAUCGCGACUGGCACUUUUUUGAAAUCAUUUUCUUCAUACUUCUUGGAAUAUUUGGCGGUUUAUACGGGGCCUUUGUAACCAAAUAUAAUCUCAAAGUUCAAACAUUUCGUAAAAAGUAUUUACGAGAUCAUGGUGUUGGAGAAGCUACUAUUCUUGCACUUCUCACUGCGCUGAUUGGAUAUUUCAACAUAUUUAUGAAAAUUGACAUGACUGAAAUUCUUGGAAUAUUGUUCCGCGAAUGCGAAGAGGGAUCAAAUAGUUAUGAAAGUUUGUGUCAGGAGUCACAAAUGUCAAGAAUGGCCUGGUUACUAUUAUUGGCAACCGUCUUAAGAACCGGAUUUAUAAUAAUUUCAUAUGGUGCAAAGGUGCCUGCCGGAAUAUUCAUUCCAUCGAUGGCCGUCGGAGCUACAUUUGGUAGAUUUUUAGGAAUCAUGGUGAAAGGAUUGCAACACGCGUACCCUUCUUUUCCCAUGUUUGCAUCAUGUAAACCGGAUGUAUCAGUAACUGAUAUUUUUGCCGUAUUCAAGUGCAUCACACCUGGAAUGUAUGCAUUCUUGGGUGCUGCUGCCGCCUUAGGCGGUAUAAUGCAUCUGACUGUAUGCAUUGUGGUUAUCAUGUUCGAACUUACCGGCGCGUUAACUUACAUUCUUCCGACUAUGAUAACUUUAAUGGCCACGAAGGCCGUAGGAGAUUUAUUUACUAAAGGCGGAAUAUAUCCUUUUUGA